AUGAGCGACCGCUGGCCAGGUUAUUCCGAAAAAUCUUCCGGCGACUCCACCCCUGUCUGUUUUUGGGACAGCCCCUUGCCAGAGGAUGAAGUUCCCUUUAAAUACGAAACACCUUUCUCGUCUGUAUGCAGCGAUGAACUGAUUAACCCAGCAAUUCUCCCUGCAGUGGCGGUGCCAGGUCUUGGUGCGAUUGAGGUCGUGGACCUUACCGAUGUUGAUGAGAUAUCUGCGAAACACUCCGAUGUAGGGAUGAUUCAAGAUGAUUCUGCACCCGUGAGAGGUGUAGAAGCCGUUUUUCUGGCUGUUGGAGCUGACGUACAGCAAGGGCAGAAGCUGGCGCCUAAGAUAUCCGCGGAGAUCGAACUCACUGUCGUCGAUGAUUGA